AUGCUCAUGUCUGACGUUGUCGAUAAUACUGAGUCAAGUCGAAGUUCACGAACAAUUUUACAAUUAAUUACUUGUCCAAUAUGUUUGGAAAUAUUUCGAGAACCACUCAUGUUACCUUGUCAACAUUCAUUUUGUCGAACAUGUCUUGAGAGAAUAACAGAUGAACGUUGGGGACGAUGUCCAGUUUGUCGUGGAUGUUAUCGUAUUCCGUUUGCUGGUGUUGGCUCAUUUGAAGUAAAUCGUACAAUUGUCAAUCUUCUAGAAAGUCUACCACAUACAGAACCAAGACCAACAUUGAAAGCAAAAUGUGCAUUAUCUAUCUGUCGUAAAUGUCGUCGUCAACAUUAUGAUGAAUUUCGAAAAUAUAUCACAACAAAAUUACUUGAAACACAAGAAGAAACAGAAAAAUUAAUAACAAAAGAAGUUGAAAAUAUAAAAAAUCAUGAAGAAAACGUUAAAAAUUGUCAAGAUAUAUCAAUAUUAAUUCGUGGUAAAGUAGCUGAAUUAAUUGAGAAAUUAAAACAAGAAGAAACAAAAUUGUUACAUAAUGUACAAGAAUUUAUGGAUGUUGAACAGAGAUUAAUUAAUGAGAAAAAUACACGUCUACAAGAUUUAUCUACGAUUAAUACGUUCUGCUCAUCAUCACAAGAAAAAUUAACAAAUAAAGAAGAAACGGAUCAAGAAGCAAUGGAUAUUCGUCAAAAAUGUGAAGAUUAUGUGGUGUCUGUUAAUGAGCUUGAAAGUCAUAUACUUCUUGUUAAAACACCUAUACGUCGUUUAUCAUUUUACAAUCGAGAUAUAUCAGAUGAUGCUAUAUCACUUGGUUUUGUUGAAAUCGGUAUACAACUUGAACCAAUAUCAAGUGACAUCACAUUAAAACAAGAUUCUCGUACUGUAACAAAUGGUGGCAUCAUUCCAGCAUUAUUAGAUACAUCGGAUGAACACAUUCAUUGUUCUCAAAAAAUUACAAAACAUUCACCAUUAAUACGUUGCUUUAGUGCAACAUCAACGUUACAGUCAAACUGUAGUGGUGAUUAUGGAAAUGGUUUACAUUAUCGUUCUAGUCCAUCAUUAGAAAAUUGUUGUGAACGUUUAAAACGUAAAACAUCAUUGAAUCGUAUUAUUGGUAAACGUGGUUCGAGAGACGGUGAAUUUAUGCAUCCAUCAUCAAUGGCUUAUUCUCACCGUGAUCAACUUGUUUAUGUUUGCGAUACAUACAAUAAUCGUAUUGUUGCUUAUACGAGUGAUACACUAUUAUUUCAAAAUGCAUAUUAUCCAAUCGAAAAUAACACUAAUACUUUAGGACUGCAAAUGAUUCCUGUUUCUCGUUUUCAACAUCCUUAUGCUAUUCAUAUUGAUCGUGAUAAUCGUUUGUACGUUAUUGAUCAAAGUGAUCGACGCAUUAAAGUAUUUAAUCGAGAAUUCAAAUUAAUUCGAGUUAUUGGACAGUAUGGAAGAGAUGUUGGACAAUAUUCCGCACCAUGUGAUGUUUGCACGGAUGAACAACAUAAUAUUUAUGUUUGUGAUGCUGGAAAUCAUCGAGUGUUAAAAUAUAACGAAUCGGGACAAUUUCUACUGUCUUGGGGAGGAUUAGGUAUAGAAAAUGGUCAAUUCAAGUGUCCAGCAUGUUUAUGUGUAAAUACAACAACAAAACGAAUUGCAGUUAGUGAUUGGGGAAAUAACCGAAUACAAAUAUCAAAUUAUGAAGGUGACCAUCUAACAUCAAUUGGCCGUUUAGGAAAAAGUUUGGGUGAUUUUUCUCGACCAAUGGGUAUUGCCUAUGAUGAAAAAAAUGAAGAUUUAUAUGUUGUCGAUGAAGGUAACAAUCGCAUUCAAAUAUUUCGAAAAGAAUUAACAUCGAUUGAUGUUGUUCAUUCGAAAAUUGGUUUUCAAGGACCGUACGAUAUCUUGUUAAUGAAAAAUAAAAAAAUACUCGUCUCAGAAUAUAAAGCACAUCGAUUACAAAUAGCAUAG